GGAGAGGGAAGUCCACGCUGGAGCAGGUUUUCCCAGGUGCCCUUUCUGACAAGAGGAGAAAAGAAAGACUGAAAACACUGCCUUGAAAAAGGGAAUGGGAAAACCAGAUGUCACUGAGAGAGUUUCUCCUGCUGGGAUUCAGGAACACACCUGAUUCCAGGUCCUUCUCCUCCUCUUCUCUCUCACUGUCUGUGCUCAGGAACAUCUUCAUCAUUGUGCUGGUCAUGACACAGCAGCAUCCCACAGCCCAGUGUAUUUCUUUUCAGUGAAAAUGUGCAACUUGGAGAUCUACCAAACUUCCAUCUAAUGUGCCCAGGCUGUUGACUGGGGACGGGACCAUCUCUGCUCAGGACUGUAUGGCUCUGCUCUAUUUCUUUGAACUUCUUGCAGUGUUACCUGUUGGCCACCAUGUCCUACAGUCAGUACCUGGCCAUAUGUCACCCCAUGCUGUGUACAAGAGGGAUGAACUGGAAGGUGUGUUUCCAGCUGGUGGUUGGUUCUUGGCUUGCAGGAAUGACUAGUUCCACAAUCAUCACAUACCUCUCAAGCCAAUUGAAGAUUUGUGGCUCCAGCCCAACUGACUACUUCUGUGAUUUGAUCUCUUUAUACAGCUUUCCUCCAGUGACACCAGGUGCUGUAAUGAUCAUCCCAGACAUAGUCUUUACAGUUUUGUUCACCCUGAUGUCCUCCGUCUGCAUUACAGAUGCCAUUCGGAGCAUCCCAUUGAGCACUGGGAGGUGGAAAUAUUUGAAACUUCAAACGGAAGCUGAUGUAGCUGAGAUAAAGCAAAACCAAAAUGAGGAAAGCUUCUGCAUGAAAGCUCUUAAAUGGAUGGAGUCACAGAAUGUAACCAAUCCUGUAAUGGAAUUUGUCCUCCUGGGUUUCAACCACAGUCUUAAGAUUCAGCAAUUCCUCUUCACAGUCUUCUUCAUCGUCUACCUGAUGACCUGCUUGGGAAACAUCACUAUCCUCAUCACUGUUAUCACUGACUUCCACUUGAACACACCCAUGUACUUCUUCCUGGCUAACUUAGCAUUCACAGAUAUAACCAAAUCAUCAGUAAGUACUGCCAUUCUAUUGUCAGGUCUUGUCUCCUAGCACAGAACUGUUCCAUUCAAGGAGUGCAUUCUUCACAUGUUUUUCUUGCACUUUGUUGGUGGUGCUGAAGUCUUCCUUCUUGCAGUGAUGGCAGCUGACCGGUACGUGGCCAUACACAAGCCCUUGCAGUACUUGACAAUAAAGGUGUGUUUAGAUCUAGUGGCAGGGUCAUGGGCAGGUGGAUUCAUUCACUCUGCAACACAGAUUGCUCUGCUUCUUCCCUUACCUUACUGUGGUCCUAACACUUUGGACAAUUUCCACUGUGAUGUCCCACAAGUGCUGAAAGUGGUCUGCAUUGACACCUACCUGACAGAGCUGCUGAUGGUCUCAAAUGGUGGACUGAUCCUCACAGUAAUUUUUCUUCUGCUCCUUUCAUACACUGCCAUUUUAGUAAAGAUAAGGAGAUAAGUCGCAGAAGGAAAGCACAAAGCUUUGUCUAUUUGUGUUGCCCAGAUAAUGGCAAUAAGCAUAACAUUCAUUCCAGGAAUAUUCAUCUAUGCUCGGCCCUUCAAGACAUUUGAACUGGACAAAGUGGCCUCCAUCUUCUUCACUGUGCUUGUUCCAGUGCUGAAUCCCCUGGUCUACACCCUGAGAAAUACUGAAAUGAAAAAGGCCAUCAGGAGACUUGUUUCUAGGGUUCUGUAAGGGAAUAGCUUUACUCCCUGAUGAAUGGUCGCCCUUAUUCUUUGUAACUAUUGCAACUUACCAUGACUGAAAUACCCGAAAUUCCAGCAAAGACAUUUGCAUAAGAGAAACCCUUUUAGAGAACUAAGUCAGAGAAAACUCAACUAAGCUUCCUUUACUUUAAGUGCAGUUCCCACCAAUACAGCCUGUGGAGUCAAGGGCAGGUUCCCCUAACACUAAAUAAGGUGAGCGGGAUAUUCUGCUGAAAGACGGGUUUUCGCUGUUUUUUGGGAGGUUUGGUU